GGUGACCAGAGGGGGCCCCCAGAGGAGGCCGGGAGAAGCGGGCCCUGCCGUCCAGUCUCCGGGCUCGGCUCCCUGCCCACUGGGCACGGAACCGGGCAGGGGGCGUGGCCCGGGCCCGAGCUGUCCGGGUCUACACCGGGGACCCCUGGCGGUCGCGGCGCCCCCUCGCGGCCCAGACCAGAGCGUGUCCAGCGGGCUCCCGCUUCCGCAUUGCGGGCAGGAGGCCGCGCGUCUGCAGCACGGGGACAGGGGCCCUGGGGAGCAGCUGGACCUGCUCUCUCCCAGUAUCGGCGCCGCCCAUGGCCGAGGUUCUCGAGCCAGACCUGGGGACAGCCGAGGUCGCGGAGGAGCAGGCGGUGGAGACGCCGGACUGGAAGGCCCCGGACGACGCGGGCUCGCAGGCCGGAAGUUAUGAGACCCGACACUAUGGGCCAGCCAAGUGGGUCAGCACUAGUGUUGAAUCUAAGGACUGGGAUUCAGCCAUCCAGACUGGCUUCACAAAACUGAACAGCUACAUUCAAGGCAAAAACGAGAAAGAGAUGAAAAUAAAGAUGACAGCUCCAGUGACAAGCUUCGUAGAGCCUGGCUCCGGUCCUUUUAGUGAAUCUACCAUUACCAUCUCCCUAUACAUCCCCUCGGAACAGCAAUCUGAUCCACCACGGCCUUCAGAGUCAGAUGUCUUCAUUGAAGACAGAGCUGAAAUGACUGUGUUUGUGCGGUCUUUCGAUGGAUUCUCUAGUGCCCAGAAGAAUCAAGAACAGCUUUUGACAUUAGCAAGCAUUUUGAGGGAAGAAGGGAAAGUUUUUGAUGAAAAGGUUUUCUAUACCGCGGGCUACAACAGUCCUUUCAAAUUGCUCAACAGAAACAAUGAAGUGUGGUUGAUACAGAAGAGUGAACCCUCCAAAGAACUUGAAUGAGAAAGUGAAAGGAAGUUCAUUGCCUGGGGCACGCCUUUGCUCUAAUUGCAGACAUCAACCCCUCCUAGAAGUAAAGCUAUGUGCGGUAUCUUCUAACUUGAGAGUAUCACUAUGAAUUGAGCUUAUUUCCAAUGUGCCUUCUUAAUGCUUGAAGCUUUGUUUAGAUAUUCAGAUAACAGGGGACAAAGUCUGUAAAUGUAAAUGGGUCACAAACUUCUGUCUUGUUCACAAUAUCACAAUUAUGUUGCCUUCUUCUGCUUGGAUUUGAGUCCAUGGAUGUUCUUCCUUCCAGAUAAUAUCAGUAAAGACAUUCAAGAUUUAUCCUGUGUGGAGCUAUGAGGCCAGCAGGCCUGGAGGCCCAGCGAGAGUCAGUUGGACACAAAAAUAAAUUGUCUUUUGCAGCUGCCAUUGUUACAAUCUCUGUUGAGCCUCUGCCAAUGCCCCCUGCACAAGAAAGCUCUUACCCAAAAGUGUUGAUUAUAUUCAGUGACAGAGAAUAUGUUUAUGAAGCUAGGGACUUCCUAUCUUGUAUGACAUCCCAUAAAGGCAUGUUUUGUGCUGGAUAUGUAGCUCAGUGUUAGAGAGCUCACCUAGCAACCAUGAGGCCCUGGGUUCAAUCCUUAGCAUUGUCAAAUAAAUAAAUACUUAUUAAAGAAAUAAACACAGACAUAUAAUUUAAGAAUUCA